AGAAAAAAAAUGUGAAUUCACACUUUUACGGACUAUUAAUCCCACCAAUUUCACGAAAUUUCACGAGUCAAAAUAACACAUGGAACAACUAUUAAGAUUCUGUAUCAAAACACUAAUACUCUAACAGAGCGUGCGCGCUGGUCCUACCUAAUUCCUAUUGAGACAUCAUGGUAAAAAUCUCUAUUUACGCUAAAGUUUCGGCAUAGUGAACCUCACUCUGAACAAUCCAAACCCCACUUCGAGCCUUUGACUAUUGUCAAGCCAAAAUGUUUACUAAAACUUGAGUAUUUUGACUCUUUUUGUCUACAUUUUCAUUGCGUAUUUUGAUUCUGUUUGCCUACAUUUUCAUUAAUUCGAAGGGGCGAAUUUUUCAUCGAUAAUUUUAGAAACCAGAUGAAGCGCUUUCGUUUAACUGUCGCUCAACUGAUCGUGGCGAGUUUUCUUUUUUUAGACCAGGGAAUAGGAUCCUUUCAGUUUCCUUCACCGCGCAUUGUGAGAACUUUGUAGUCAAUCACAUAUCAAUAAAACAUGUUUUAGCGCCCGAGUUGUUGUCGCUCUGCUGUAAAAGAUUGGUUCACGCUUUUAGCUGUGCGUAUAUCGAGUUAUGGAUGCACUUGGGAAGUUUGGAGAGCACUCAAGCCACCUCAAGCAGAUAGAGUUGCUCUCGGCUGCGCCUCGAGCAAUUCUGCUUCUCUCGCGCUCUCCAAACUUCCUGCGUGCAUCCAUAACUCGAUAUACGCACGCUAAGCAGAACCAAUUCUUUAUUUGAUGUGGAAAAUAAAUGCCAUUUACAAUAUUCAUUGUUUUUAUAAAUACAUAGACCAGCCUUUUCUUAUUCAAUAUUCACAUUUAUCAUUCUUCGAGCAAUAUUUCAUUUUGAGAAAAAGGAUAAAUUAAUUAUUUCAAGUUUCCCUCGAUCCGCCAGUACUGAAACAAAAAAACACAACACAAAGUUCAUGACAGCUAUAAAUAACUUUCAGUUAUUUCAGUUGAUAUCAAGUCUAGUUUCAUUAUUUAAACACCUGAAAACAGCCUCAUUCAAAAAGUGAAAUUUGCGAAGUGUGAGGUUUCUAUCAGCUUAAGUUUCAUUGUGGACAAUAUAACUCAAUCACCACGAUGACACACAAGUAUUUUUCACUAUAAUGCAAAUGACAUGAAUCAUUAAAUCUCCAGGUUUUUAGCUCCUCUUUGCAAUUGGUCGCCCACGCAAAAUGUAAUUUCCUAAGUGUACAAUAUUAUAAAAAGGAUUUUUCUUGCUUAAUUUUUUUUUAAGACAAACGGGAAAUGCAAUUUAACUAACUGUGAGACAACUUUCUCAAGAUCGACGUAAUCAUCAAGCGACUCUCGUGUAACAAACUGUACUCAGUAGAAAGUAACUGGACUGCGCACAGAGAUGUCAACAAACGCCGUAAUUGCCUUCGAAGUAGUGACGCCUCUUAUUCUACUCGCGGGGAUAACAGGAAACUUUAUCGUUUGCUCUCUUAUUAUCUCAAACAAGAAACUAAGAACCCCAUUUAAUUAUCUUCUCCUCAAUUUAGCUGUCUCUGACUUGUGUUGCUCGGUCCUUGGAACUUUGUUCUUCGCUGGCCAAAUCAGAAAUCAUUAUCUCAGCGACGGCAAUUUCACGCGGCCAAAAGUUGAAGGAGUCAUCUGCAAAGUAACAACAGUAAUUAUAGAUUUAACCACCAAGAACUGCGUUCUGACUUUAGCAGCAAUUUCAACAGACAGGUUUUAUGCCAUUGUUCACCCCUGGCGGCACAGAACAGCGCCCGUCAAGCGAAAUAUUCGCAUUUUUCUCGCAGCAAUCUGGAUCGUGGCCUUGAUCGCGGCUUUGCCAAUGAUGUUACUAAUGGCAAAAACACCGAAUACAUUCGAUGGAACUUCGGUGGCACUUUGUCUAGCAUUUCUCAUAAACGACAACGGUUUCAAAGUCGUUGCUUUUGUAGAUCUAAUAGCUGCUUACAUUAUACCAAUGGGAAUAAUUUUACGAACUUCUUUGGCAAUCAUUAGACAUCUUUGGUGCCAUUGUUUCCAGCGACAAUCGAAGGAGACAAGUCAGAUGUUGUUGAAAUCCCGCAAACGGAUCACAAGAAUCGUUUUCAGCGUGAUUAUUGCCUUCAACGUUUUCUGGUUGCCCUGGGCAAUUCUUCAAGGGUCGCUGUUAAUCGGUGCAAUUCAAGAAAUCGGCGACAACACGUUUGUGGUCAUGUUUAUUUUGGUCUUAGCCAGCGCUAGUGUGAAUCCAAUUCUAUACUCGCUUCAAAGUCGGUUGUUUCGAAAUGGGGUGAAAAGAAUGUUCCGUUGUGAAUGAAGCUAGAAAGGACCAGUAUCGAAAAGAAGUAGAAUUUCUUCUAUGCGCGUAGUUGCUAAGGAUAUUUCUUUCAUGAUAAAUCUGUGUAAUUCAAAUAAAGAAUCAUUUUCAGAUCUGAAUUCGAUUCAGACGUUUUAAUCAAGGUUAAGUUCUGAGCGAUGGAGAGGUUAAAUUGAAGAACAUGGAUAUAAAAUGUAGACGAAAUUUUAAGUAAUUGCUUCUCUGAAGACAAUUGCCACAGCAAAAAACAAGUAAUAAAUACAGUCCGAAAAUAUGCCAGAAAUAAACUGGAUCCAAUUUUAAGAAUAAGUAUACCAAUUCAAAACCUAAUAUUAUUUAAAAGGGUUUCCCAGGACAAAGACGUUGGCUUCUUUCAUUGAAAAUUUGCAAAAUCUGACAGUCCCUCCAAAAGAUCAAGAACCGGGUUUGAAAGAUAAAUUCAGUUCUUUUUCUCGACUUGCUCCCUAUAGCUGCCUAGAGCUAAACUAAUCUUUAGUGCGGAAAUGCAAAUCAGACGCUUUUUCAAUCGCUUUAAGUGUAAAUUUAGAAUUUUAUCUCCACCACCCAAUACCGUUUCUUUCAUUGUACACUCUUGCCGGAUUUAGAUAACUAUAUUGACUUAGCAGUGAUCAGAUUUCCAGCAAAAGAACUUAAAAAUUCACUGAUGUCAUUAAUAUCAGUGAUCAAACUUUCGUCGACGGCAGGCGGUAAACAUUAACAAAUGUCGCCAUUUCAGUCUUGCCCUGGUACAAGAUUUUCAGCCUGUCACUUCUCCAAUUGAAACCC